AUGCGUCCUUCUCAUUUUGUGGAGCGCCCUUCAGGCGAAAAGAUUCCUCUCGUCGCUGUUGAUGAACUCCCUCGUACUAUCAAGAUUCAAGACAUUCAAGAGGUCCUAUCUGCCAGUGACACUCAGGGAAUGGUUAGUUGUGGUGUGGCCCCUCGUCGCUCUGAGACUUGGGCUAUUGAUACUACUAACUUUCAACCUGAGCUUGAGCAAGAGCUAGCUGCUUUGCUGGUGUCCAUGAUCGCAGACACCAGUGUCCCUAUAGGAUAUCGCAGCAAGAUUCAGCAGCUGCUGCAUCAUGGUGUCAACGUUUCCAGCAUUGUUGCUCCUUGCACCAAAGUUGCUGUGUCCAACCUCGCUACCUCUCGCAAUUUCGCUGUUUCUAUCAUGCCCAAUGUUCACCGUCCUGACCAACCCCGUGCUGGACGCACCCAGCGAUCUCAAAAGGAGUAUUGCAGCUAUUGGAUGCGCCAUGGCGAAUGCGAUUACCACCAGCAAGGCUGUGUUUUUAAGCACGAGAUGCCCGAGACAAUGGAACAAAUGAACACCUUAGGUCUUCGUGAAAUUCCUCGCUGGUAUCGUGAUCUGCACGGCUUGCCUAGUCUUAACAGCGACCGCGGACCUGAGUAUGCACUGAGUAUGCUGGCUGAUGUGCAGCGUGAGCUGCGUGAGGAAAAGGCGCUCAACUCCGCCUUGGUUCCCACUAUCACUGACCCUUAUCCUACUUCGACCACCAAUCUCAUCGCCCCAUAUACUCCUAUUCCCAACGCAGUGGUACCUUACUCGUCCGCCGUGACUCAGCGUGCUACUGAUUCUCGCUACGGCAACAACAGUCGCUACAACAUCUGGAGAGCUGGUGCCAGCAAGUCUCGCGGCAGCAAGUCGACUAGCUCGGACAGUGGCUCAUUGGCCAUCAACACCUCAUUCGGCAAUGCCCACAAUGUUGUUCGUCGCUCUACCUCCAGCAAUGGUAGUAUUCUUGCUGCCUCGAGUGCACCAUUUAUCCCUUCUUCUCGCUCGUCCUGUGAGAGUUUGGCCGAUUCUCAUACCGGCUCCCAGACUGGCUCUCACGCCGACUCUCAGACUCAGACCGGUUCUCAGACCGCGUCACAGACCACAUCACAGGGUCCCUCCUCCCGUGAGAAUCUGAGCGCUCAAAGCGUAUCCCGCAACGUCUGGGGGUUUGGCCCUCCCCAGGUCCAACAUGCUGACAGCAGCCGCUGUGACACUAUCAACCGCCAACUCGGCACUCCACCCGUUAGCGGUAACUCUGACUCUGGUCGUUCGACACGCUCUAGCAACUCCCGCUUUUGGGAUGCUAAUGGAUCAUUCAAGAGUUACGAUGGCUCGUACUCUCCUCCACGCUCGAAGGGCAAGGGCGUUCCCAACAACACCGUCGCUUACUCCAACGCUCUCCGUCUGUUGACCCGAGAUGGCUGGAAGCGUGUUUCCACUUUUGGAAAGGACAUUGAGAGUGAACGUGUCCAGAGCAUUGGUGUCGGUCACCAGUACCGCUACCUCCCAGAUGAGGGCCUUACUUCUCGUGACUUCCUUCUUAAUUUUGGGCCAGUUGGAGGCGAUGACGAGAUUCUCAAGUACGAGGCCGAAAUCAAGGCUACUUCUGAGUAUCAAUACUUCGAUCUCUACCACUCGGAGGUUGUAAACGGCCCCAUUGAUGACCACCUGACUUGUCAUUGCUGCAAGUAA